CUGUGAGGCCUCACAGAUUUUUUUUUUUCUUCUACUGACAGGAAGUGAAACUUUACACCACAGGUUGGAAGAAUAAACGACACACACCACAACACGAGCAGUGCACUUUGUGUUUUAGUCUCUUCCUCACUGAGCUCUGUGUGGUGUCGAAAAGUUUCCUCCAGAAUGUCGGACACAGCAGAGCUCAUCACAUCCGAAGAGACACAAGAUGUUGUGUCCUCACUACCACCACCACCACCAUACACCUACCAAGGGCAGGACCCUCCACCUUACUCUGCAACACCAGCAAUGUACUGUCCACCCAAAGUCGAAACAACAUGCCCCUAUCAGCCAACCACCUACGUGUCUUUCCGUGACAUAAACCCAGAGCUCGCGGACACAACUCCACUUACAGCCUCGUCUUCUUUUGAUGACAAGAUAGUGAGACAAGGGUUUGUUAGAAAGGUCUUCAGCAUCCUGACUCUCCAGCUGCUCUUCACCUUCAGCGUGGUGUGCGUGUUCACCUUCUCCAGCGUGAUCAAAGACGCCGUGCAGAAAAACCUGUGGCUCUACCUCAGCUCCUACAUCAUCUUCAUCGUGGUCGCCAUCGCCCUCAGCUGCUUCAAGUCCUUCAGCCGGCGUCACCCCUGGAACAUCGUGGGACUGGUUGUGGUCACUCUGAGUUUGUCGUACAUGGUGGGAACCGUCGCCUCCUUCCACAACACCUCCGCUGUUGUCAUCACCAUGGGAGCUACGAUUGCCAUCUCACUCGCAAUCAUUGCAUUUUCUGUGCAGACUCGCUAUGACUUCACUAUUUGCUACGGUGUUCUGCUGAUUCUGGCUGUGGACUUGAUCAUGUUCGGCUUCUUCUGCACUUUUUAUUACUCCUACAUCGCUGAUGUCGCCUACGGAUGUCUGGGUGCUCUGCUGUAUUCACUGUUCCUGAUGAUCGACUGUCAGCUGCUGAUGGGGAUGAGGAGCUACAGUCUGGAUCCGGAGGAAUACGUCAACGCUGCGCUCAUGAUCUACCUGGACAUAGUCCUCAUCUUCCUCUACCUGCUGGGGAGGAGGUGAAACUGUACACACAACAUAUCAACACACUUACACACACACACAGACGGACACUCCAAACUGUACACACAAUGAAAAUGUCCUUUAUUGUUAUUAUUAAUAUGUAUAUACUGAAGCUGCAUCCUCUUUACGUGACAAUGAAUCAUCAGUGUUUUGUAUUUUCUGUUUCACAUGAAUAAAAAUUGAUAUAAAAA